CUUCUCCUUCUGCACGGCGACGACGAGCAAAAAAUGACCAAGUACAUCAUCGUAUCUGGCGGUGUGGUGAGCGGCAUCGGGAAGGGCGUGAUUGCCUCCUCGACAGGCCUGCUCCUCAAGACGACCGGCCUGAAGGUCACCGCGAUCAAGAUUGACCCAUACAUGAACAUAGAUGCAGGCACCAUGCGGCCCCAGGAGCAUGGCGAGGUCUACGUCCUGAACGAUGGCGGCGAGGUCGACCUUGACCUCGGCAACUACGAGCGGUAUCUGAAUGUGACGCUGUCGCGCGACAACAACAUCACUACCGGCAAAAUAUACCGCGAGGUCAUUGAGAAGGAGCGGCGGGGAGACUACCUCGGAAAGACCGUCCAGAUCGUCCCCCAUAUCACGAAUGCCAUCCAAGAUUGGAUAGAGCGCGUUUCGAAGAUCCCCGUGGAUGACACCGGUGAAGAGCCGGAUGUCUGCAUUGUGGAGCUCGGGGGAACGGUCGGCGACAUUGAGUCCGCGCCCUUCGUAGAAGCGAUGCGACAGUUCCAGUUCCGGGUCGGUUAUGAGAAUUUUGCUCUCAUCCACGUCUCCCUGGUCCCAGAUAUGCAUGGCGAGCAGAAGACAAAACCGACACAAACCACGGUGCACGCACUCCGAGGCUUGGGUCUUCUGCCUGACUUGAUUGCCUGCCGCCUCAUCGUACAAAAACCCCUUGAACCUGCUACGAAAGCCAAGAUCUCAAUGUUCUGUCACGUCGCACCAGAACAGGUCAUCGGCGUCCACGAUGUUUCUUCCGUCUACCACGUCCCGCUACUCCUCCAAUCACAAGGCAUUGUGGACUACCUCCGCAAGCGUUUGAACCUGGGUGCACUCGCGCUCACGCAGGAGAUGAAGGAUAGGGGCACGGAUUUGGAGCGCCGAUGGAGAGAGCUCACAAAACGCCAAGAACGAGUUAUUGACGACGUCACGAUCGUUCUGGUCGGCAAGUACACUGAUAUGCACGACUCGUACAUGUCGGUGACAAAAUCGCUCGAGCACUCUGCCUUCAGGUGCAACCGCCGUCUCAUCCUUAAGUGGGUUGACUCGUCCGAUCUCGAACCCGAGACGCAGGUUACAAACCCUGCGAGGUACCACGACGCAUGGCGGGCCGUCGUCUCUGCAGGGGGCAUCCUCGUCCCAGGUGGGUUUGGCCUGCGUGGCACGGAGGGCAUGAUGCUCGCCAUCAAGUGGGCGCGCGAGCAGAAAAUCCCUUUCCUUGGUAUCUGCUUUGGCUUCCAGCUGGCCGUUGUUGAGUGGGCGCGGAACGUCUGUGGCCUUGAAGGUGCGACUUCCGGCGAGUUCGAACCCGAGGCCAAGCACUCGAUCAUCAUCUUCAUGCCUGAGAUCUCGCGGACACAUAUGGGCGGCACGAUGCGUCUUGGGCUCAGGCCAACGGUGUUCCAGGACGGCAGCGAGGCGUGGUCGAAAGUUCGUAAGCUAUACGCCGGCGCAGGCAAGCUUUGGGAACGCCACCGCCACCGCUACGAGGUCAAUCCUGCAUAUAUCGAGAAGCUCACGGAGAGCGGGAUGUCGUUCAUUGGUCGGGACGAAAAGGGCGAGCGGAUGCAGGUCCUCGAGCUCAAGGAUCACCCGUACUUCGUCGGCUUCCAGGCACACCCGGAGUUCUGCACGCGUCCCCUGAACCCCUCGCCGCCCUUCCUCGGCUUUGUCGCCGCUUCGUCCGGACAGAGCGUCCUGGAUGAGCAGAUGGAGUACCAGUUCAAGAACUUCCGCCCGCCGCACCCCGAAGGCUCGAUGGUCAGCGAGGACGAGCUCCGCAGAAAUGACUCGCCUCCCCCUGGUGUGGAGAAGGUUCUGCGGCAGGAGUCAUGAUGUUGGUCUGAGUGGGUUGUCUGAAUCGUGUAGAUCGUGUGGUACUCCUACAAUAUGUCGAAUGUUAGAACGCAUGAUACUCAUCGCAAUGUCAAAUACUACACGCAUGUAUAGGUUCGCUAGCCAUAUAUCUAAUGCCAAUUCCACCAGUCCACUACAC